AUGAUAAACGACACUCCAAAAUCGCAAACUACGUUGCGAAGUGAUAAUGGCAGUUCACUCUCAUCAUUGAGAACUACCCAGCUGAAGAACAAUGACCAGCCCACCGGCAGAGUAGAAGCUGUCCGAUCUCCACCACAGAAGAAGGUAAAAGGAUUCGACAUAGAAAAGACUACUGCAUGGACGGAAACCUCAGAGGAAAUCUCGGAGAAUAUGACAAGGCAUGAUAUUAAUCCGCCGCAGAAGAGCAGAAAGCAGACGCUCACUGCCCCCCGCAAUGUGACCGAGGAGAACCAAGGAAUUAAUAAUAAGAUUCAGACCGUUCACAUGCAACUGAGGUCACAUCAAAAGAAGCAGUUAAAUCAAAGGGGACUGAUGACUGAGAAGAGAGAGACGGAAAUCGGACGACUUCGGAGUACCCGAAGAAAGGAACUUCCUGGGGUGGAAAAGCAGAAUUCGUCUGAGCAAUCGACAGAAACCUCCAGCGCCAGCGUAGACACAGACGCGGCAAAUGCGAAUAUCCUCUGUAUUGACAUAAAAGACAUGAGCAGUAUUGCCCCAAACACGAAACCAUUAGCUGCAGAAGAGAUCCCUGGAGUGGAUGGCAACCAGAAUGUCAUCAUGAAUGGUUCGCCAGGAACUCCCAAGUCACCAACAUCACGCAACCAAGACCGGCCGCUCCGAGAACAGUGCCUAGUAAUACAGGGACUUCAGGAGCCUCAAGCAGAUACACCUAAAGAACGCGUAUUAGCUGAUCUCGGCUUGUUCCAAGGUCUUCUAAACACUCUGCUUCAACCCGAUGAAGAAAUUUCCGUGUUGAAAGCCUUCAGACUCGGAAAGCGCUCUACUGAACCCGCUAUUCCACCGCAUCCUAGGCCCCUUAAAAUUGUUCUGAGUUGCAAAGAGCAUGUUGAUCUUAUCCUCUCAAGACGUUUUAGGUUAAAAUAUUCCCACCAAGGAGUUUUUUUUCAGCCGGAUUACACACCACCGGAGCGGAUAAAACGCCGACAGUUAGUUCAGGAGCUAAGGCUGCGACAAACGAAUGGCGAACAAGGCCUGGUUAUCUACAACAACUGCAUAAUCGAGCGACCGUCCCGCUUCAUAUGGACACGGCCCGUGCGUAUGUCGCCACAGCCGAGACAAUUGGCAAAGGCGGCGUCAUAG